GAAGUUGACGUUAGCUCUCUUGACACAGGGACCAUUAUGAACCAACGUGUUAAUGAAUCAUCAUCUCCAUCUUCUUGCAUGAGAGAGCAGAAGUCAUUAGAGGCUACUGAUCGCACCAAAAUAGCAACGUGCCCUUUAAACAUGCGCAGUCUCUAUAUAAAAAAUCUUGAGGAAAUUGAUGACCAUGAACAAGGAAAUAGACGAGAAAUGACACGACUUCUACUUGAUCCUCGACCAGAUUAUAAACAGUCAAGGGAUUGGGAAGAGAAGCGUUCAAAAGAGAUCAGU